GCCUACAUCCAGAUCACUUACGUGGAGCCGUAUUUUGACCUGUAUGAGUAUAGAACCAAAGUGACAUACUUUGAAAGGAAUAACAACAUCAAGAGGUUUGUAUUUGCCACACCAUUCACGCAAGAUGGGCGGGCACAUGGUGAGAUACAUGAACAACACAAGAGGAAGACCAUUCUUACAACCAGCCACAUGUUUCCCUACAUAAAGACUCGGCUACAGGUCAUCAGUCAUGAUCAGGUACUGUUAACCCCUAUCGAGGUUGCUAUAGAGGACAUUCAGAAGAAGACAAAAGAACUGGCUGUGGCCCUCUACCAGGAACCACCCGACACCAAAAUUCUCCAGAUGGUGCUACAAGGCUGUAUAGGGACCACCGUAAACCAGGGUCCAGUGGAGGUGGCUGUGGUGUUUCUAAAAGACAGCCCAGAAAACAAGUCCCAAGAUGUCCGCCACCGAAAUAAACUCCGUCUCAGCUUCAAGGACUUCCUCAAAAAAUGUAGUGAUGCCCUCCACAAGAACAAAUCUCUGAUCUCCAGUGAUCAGAAGGAGUACCAGCGUGAACUGGAGCGGAACUACCACAGUGUCCGGGACAAACUACUCCCCUACAUCUCCUCCAACCUUGCCACACUCAAAACAAAGCACCACAGGCGUGGAAACAAAGAGUCACCCAGUAAACACAAGUCAUCAGGAUCUUCCAAAACUUAGUGACCAGAAUAGAGCAGCAGAAAGUUGUUAAAAGGAUGGACUCUCCAAAUGCUGUGUUAAUUAUUAGAUCUAUAGCUGUCAAAGCUUUCUAUAUUGUUUGUUUUUAAAAGAUCCUGUGUAAAAAUGAUCUGAUGUUAUAGUUGAAUUUGACAUUUUAUAUCUUUUUUAAGUGAACAAAUCAAUUGUCAUUUUAUUUGACAUUCAAUUUGAAGAAUAUUAAUUUUCUAAAAAAAAACUUUAUAUAAUAGUAAUCAAGAUUCACAAAGACUGAUGCAUUUAAUAACAUUUUGUCAGGAGAUUGUUAUGGAGUUUAUCAGAUAUAUUUAUUUGGAGAUGCUUUGGCUGCUAAUUUGAUAAGACUAGUAUCAUAAUUACUAUCUGGAUGUUUAUAAAGCACCAGAUGAACUUACUUUUAGUGCAAUAUGUUUGUUUUUAUUUGUGCAUUUUGAUUAAUAUGCUUUUGUACUACAUGUAAGAUGCCAAUAAACCUUUUCCAGUGGAA